AUGCCGAGAAAGCGCUGGGCGAGUGCACGCCCUGGAGGCUCUCACUUGAGUGCAUCGCGAGCCACCCUACCCUCACAUGAAAGCCCUUCUGCUAGCAAUAUUCUCCUUGAAGUUUCGAAAGAUCCGAAAUUCUGUUCCUCAGGCUCUUCCCGUGCAACUGCCCUGAAGAGCGAGAGCGUGUUGAGCACCCACGGUGGGGAUCUAACCGAAGAAGAAGUUUGCGUUUCCCCUCCCCCGGCACUUCUCCACGGUGAACACGCGUUGAAUGGGAAUGACUGUGCCUCUGUGGUAGUUUCGCAAGAAGAUGCAUGCGCUUUUCAUAGUCCGCGUAGCCUGCCAGCAGACUCCUCAGACGCAGGGGGAGCUGUGAUACCUCUACCACCCGAGGAGGCACCGGCUGGCAGCCUGUGUGCUGACGCCGUAAAUAAUACGGAACAGCCCCAGAGACUACCUGAAAUGUCGGAUGAAGGAAGUGCAUCACUCUGCAGAAACCCAACCCAGCGUCUGAGACUAAAUAACCAACAGACGGGCGCUCCUAGUAUGCAAGAAGCACAGCAGCAACGACCCAACGAGGUUCAGCAGCAACAACAGCAAGCGCCAGAUAUGUCCGUUGAGCAGCAGCAAUUACUACCGGAGCAGAGGCAGUUUGCUAUGGGUAGCUCGGAGGCAAGCGCCUUGCGUCGGCCUUCUCCGCCAAACGAGAGUGAAGGCGGGUGGAUUCGCGUGGAAGAGCCUUACAGGCAGGCCACAGAAGCAGUUAACAAGGAAAGUCAGACUACUUGCUUCCCGUAUCAACCAUCUGCCAUGGCAAUGGAUGCUCUUCCGUCUUUGCCUCGCUCUUCCUCUCGGACGUCACGAGAGCAAGUCGCUCGCUACCCAAUUUGUAUCGGCAGUGCCACCCAAGCUGAGGAGGGCACCGGCGCCGAGCACAACAGCAUAGGGUCGAUCACUGGAAUGGUCGAUGGAGAGGCAAGCGAAGCAGACGGUUGGGAAGCCUCCAGCUUCCCCACAAGUUGCACGGGGACAAAGCCCGUCCAGGCAGACCGGAAGGGUGCGUUUGCUCGCCUAUCCCUGUACGCCAGAUCCGUAGUUUGUUCGCUUACUGAUAGUCUCGGUUUGCAACAGAAGGAAGACCCCUCAAAUUCAAGCGGAGCAGACGAUUAUUCGGAAGCUUCUGCUUCCCAGGCAGAACUGAGUGGGCGCGAGCACCAGGGGAAACGGGGGCUAAGGCGUAGAGAAAGAUUGGUGCAGGGCUUGCUUGAGUGGCACCGCUGUAUCCUUGAGAUGUAUGGAGGGACUGUUGAGGACAUCACAAGACUCGCUUUGCAAGUUCUGCCUGCCCAUGCAACAGGUGACGAAAAGGGAGCAGCUGGUGUUGCCAUACCGCGCCGUUUCCUGCAUGAUCAGAGUGAACGCCGUUUCCUUGUAAUUCAGGGGCUUUUCGACGUUUUCUGUCUCUACCGCUCCCACUUCCUCUCCCCUCCAGGAGAGCUGCUACAGGCUGAGGCGUUGCACCACCAGUGGAAGCUUCGCAGGGAAUGCUCGUCAGAGACUGGUGGACUUUCAGCUCUAGCAGGCAUUUGCCAUGCCCCUGCGAAGCCUGUGCGUGACUGGCGGCCCGUGAAAGUGGGGGCAAGUACUUCAGAAGACCUGCCCACCUCCGUCCGGGUGGUACUUUAUGGAAUGAUUUGUCUUGCAUUGAAGAUCAUCCGCGCGUUGCAGCUGUUGCUGGAAGUCAGUGCCCUGCGACGAGGAGGAGAAGGCCCGCGUUUUGCUCUAUGUCUUCGGCUGGAGUUGCUUAAACUCAUUCUUAAGCUGAUGCUCCGUUCCCUGACUCCCUUCGCCUUCUACUGCGACGAGCAAAGCAUAUGCCAGGCCCUCGGAACGCAAAAGGAGAAACAGAUGAUCUCCGAUAGUGAAAAGCUGCAGCCCUUCUACGGUCGGCGCACUGGCAGGAAAAUACCGCCCCUUCCAUCUGCAGCUCGCCAAGUAGCCGAAGAUCAUCACGCACCGCAUGCUACAGCUGCGGAACAACAGAUUCCUCGGCAGUGGGCGCUUCUCGUUUUCGUGUGGCUCUUCAAUGAGCUGAAGGCCAGUGCCUCACCGAGCCGUCUGCGACUUCUUUUCAAUCUCCUGCGCUCCACCGCGUGGAGGCCCUUCCUGGCGGAGGUCCUGUAUCAUAUUCGCCCGUUUAUUCACCUCUACCUUUUACGGCGGGCCAGGAACCGCAAGUCGUGGACUCCGUGGCUCGUAGCCAUCUUUAUCGAGGCGAACUCUAUUUCACUGUUGCAUGGGUCUCCCCAAGUAAUGGAGAACCUUUCGCCUGUUGAGGCUGCAGAGCUUCACCGUCGCCUAACGGGGCUGCCGUACGCUCUCCUGCGGCCUCCUUUUUUCGACAAAUUCCUUGCGCGACCUGUCGAGGCCAUUGACUUCGUGGUGCGGCGUGUGCCGCUUCUUAACCAUUUCAAUGUUUUGGAUGCAUUCCUUGCCUACAGAGAUCUAUACUUCACCACUUCCAACACCUGA